GCUGGUGGUGGCAGGGGUCAUCUAUUUCCUCUACGUUGGGUACAUGGAGACCAGGAUAAACACGCCGAUAUCUGCGCCCAAGGUGGUGGUUCGGUCCGGCUUGGAGGUGCCGGAGAGGUACUGGGGGACAUACCGGCCUGGGGUCUACUUCGGCACACGGACCCGGCACCCAACCUCCCUUCUGACCGGCCUCAUGUGGUUCGUCCCAGGACACUUCCAGGGCAACAUGCUGGCACUCAGGCAUUGGUGCGACCAGGCUGAUGGGCUAAGCAGCUAUGGUUGGCGCGUCCACGAUGGUCGCGAUGUGGGGAUUCAGAGCCUGGAGGACAAACACGUCACCCUGGAGACCACCUUCGUCAAACGCCACGGAGGGCUGCACGGCGGGGAGUGGUCGGCAAGGGUCACUGUGCUGCCUAGGAACAAGAAGCAGAGCGGCGCCGCGGCCUCCAUCCUCUACUACGUGGCACUAGACCCAGACGACAAGGAGGGAUGGCUUCAGGGCCUCACCAGCAGUGCCGCGAACCCCCUAGGCACCGUCAGAGGCUGGGCGGCAUCCGUGGGGGGCUUCCGGCUGACACUCCACAACCACACCGGCACGGUCACCCACCAACACCAGCUCCUGACGAAACACCUCGGUCUGAGCCAGCUUCGGGAGACCGUCAUGAGGGGUCUUCGGGUGUACCAGGCCCCGGGGCAGACCGAGAAGCACAUUGGUCUGGCCGGGGAGCUGUUCGACCAUCAAGAUCAAGACCACAGACCCAACUUUGUGGCACUGCAGGUGUCAGGUCGUGUGCCGUUUUCUGUGGACAUCGUAUACGAGAGUGACAGCGCCGUGGCAGAGCGUCAGGACCGGCUGGUGGGCGACACGCUCACCGCCGAGCUGGCCGAACACAAGGAGCGCUUCCACAACGAAUUCGAGUCCAAAUUCUCGCUGCGGGCCAAAGGGUUCUCGGCGGAGGAGGUGGCCUUUGCGGAGGCGGCCCUGAGCAACAUGCUGGGCGGGAUCGGGUACUUCUACGGGGCGUCGCGAGUCCGUGGGCCGCACAACACCGAGCCUGUACCCUACUGGCGCGCUCCGCUCUACACUGCCGUACCCUCGCGUAGUUUCUUCCCGCGUGGCUUCCUGUGGGACGAAGGCUUCCACAACCUCCUCAUCGCGAAGUGGGACAGGGAGAUAUCUCAGGACAUCCUCGGACACUGGCUCGACCUCAUGAACUGGGAUGGAUGGAUACCCCGGGAGCAGAUCCUUGGGGCCGAGGCGCGCGCUCGUGUCCCGGAGGAGUUCGUGGUUCAGGACAGCCGCAACGCUAACCCUCCGACCCUCCUGCUGACCCUGCACUCCAUGAUGGGUGACCUCCGCGCCCAGGAGCUCUCCGACGAGGACUACCAGUACCUGACGCGUUUGUGGCCACGGCUGCGCGCCUGGUACGCCUGGUUCAACACGACGCAGACCGGUGACCUGCCCGGCGCGUACCGCUGGCGGGGACGCGACCCCAACGCCGUGAAGGAGCUGAACCCCAAAACACUGACCUCGGGGCUGGAUGACUACCCCAGGGCCUCGCACCCGACUAGGGACGAACGCCACUUGGACCUCAGAUGCUGGAUGGCUCUCGCUGCGGGGCUGAUGGCUGACCUCGCUGCCCUGGUGGAGAAGGACCCGACCCGAUUCAGGGAGUCCUACAGGUUCCUCUCCGACAGCAGUGGACUUGACGCGCUCCACUGGUCCUACGCGGCGAACGGAUACAUGGACUACGGGCUUCACACGGACCAGGUCGAGCUUCGCCGCCCCAGUCCGAACGCAGAACCCCAGCGCGUGACCCUGGCCGCACCCCAACCCAGGCACGUCGACGCAUUCGGCUAUGUGAGCUUCUUCCCGCUGUUCCUUCAGGUUAUGGACCCAAACGCCCCCAAGCUAGGCCAGGUGCUUCAGGAUCUACGCCGCACCGACCUGCUGUGGACCCCGUAUGGCCUGCGCUCGCUUGCUCCGAACGCGCCGCUCUAUAACCGGAAGAACACGCCGCAUGAUCCUCCUUACUGGCGUGGCGCUAUCUGGAUGAACAUGAAUUUUCUGGCGGUUCGAGCGUUGCAUCAUUACGCGGCCCAGGACGGCCCACACCGAGCCUUGGCCGCCCAGCUGUACUCCGAGCUCCGGACGAACCUCAUUAACAGCCUCAGAAAGCAAUACAACACGAGCGGAUAUCUGUGGGAGCAGUACAGCGAUCGCACAGGGAAGGGUCAGGGCUGUCGGCCGUUCACAGGGUGGACGGCUCUGAUUGUCCUGGUCAUGGGGGAGGUGUAUUGAGGGUGGCGAUGGUGUGACCUGACAUGACCUGACCUGACCCUUCACCAGCUGGUCUGCCCUUGUGGUCAUGCAAAGGAGAGGUGGAGUGAUUAUGACCGGUUGACAUUAUAAGUGUUUGUUGAAAUUAAAAAGACUCAAAACUAAGAGAGAAUUAAGAGAAAAUGCAAUGGAAAUUAAAAGAAAAUGGAGUGGAAAUUAAAAGAAUAUGGUUUCAGGGUUAACCGUGUUGCAGCGACGGGCCAGAUUUGUGGCUCUACCGUGUAGCAGCGACGGGCCAAAUUUGUGGCUUUACCGUGUUGCAGCGAUGGGCCAAAUUUGUGGCUUUACCGUGUUGCAGCGAUGGGCCAAAUUUGUGGCUUUACCGUGUUGCAGUGAUGGGCCAAAUUUGUGGCUCUACCGUGUAGCAGCGACGGGCCAAAUUUGUGGCUCUACCGUGUAGCAGCGACGGGCCAAAUUUGUGGCUUUACCGUGUAGCAGCGACGGGCCAAAUUUGUGGCUCUACCGUGUAGCAGCGACGGGCCAAAUUUGUGGCUUUACCGUGUUGCAGCGACGGGCCAAAUUUGUGGCUCUACCGUGUAGCAGCGACAGGCCAAAUUUGUGGCUUUACCAUGUAACAGCGAUGGGCCAAAUUUGUGCCAUGAUAUAAACCCCCCCAAAAAAUAGAUGAUACAUAAUCUGAUCACAAAUGCUUUGAUAUAUAUUAUGAAAUGGUUUGUGUGAGGGUGAUUUUUUCUAUUUUUCUCGCUUGGAGGAACCAUUAAGAAACAUGAUCCCCGCUGCUACCAGGUUAAGAGGAGGAGGAGGAGGAGAAGACGUUAACUAUAGCAAUGGGAAGGUGUAAGGUACUGAAGACCCAGGAAGAGGAGGAGGAAGAAGAGGAAGAGGAGGAGGAAGAAGACUUGGGUAAAGGUGUGUGCUCUGAAUGCUUGAAGAAGAAGAACAAGCUGGGAGACACACUAGACGAACCAUUAGUGCUGAGUGCUUGAACAAGACCAACAAACUGAGUGUGUUAGCAUGUGUUUGGGUGCUGAUUCAACCCAUGGUACCUCAGCGGAGAGUGCUGGAAGGGUGUUUCUGAGGUGUUGUGUGUUGCGUGGGGUGUUGCCAACCCUCACCCCAACACAUAACACCUUCCCAGGCUCUCCUAACACUGCCCUUCACUCCCCUGACCCAACACAAAGACAGGAACAUUUUAAGGGUGUUUCUGAGGUGUUGUGUGUUCCCUGUGUUGCGUGGGGUGUUGCCAAGCCUGACUCCAGCACAUAACACCUUCCCAGGCUCUCCUAACACUGCCCUUCACUCCCCUGACUCAACACAAAGACAGGAACAUUUUAAGGGUGUUUCUGAGGUGUUGUGUGUUCCCUGGGGUGUUGCCAAGGCUUACCCCAACACAUAACACUUUCCCAGGCUCUCCUAACACUGCCCUUCACUCCCCUGACUCAACACAAAGACAGGAACAUUUUAAGGGUGUUUCUGAGGUGUUGUGUGUUCCCUGUGUUGCGUGGGGUGUUGCCAAGCCUGACCCCAACACAUAACACCUUCCCAGGCUCUCCUAACACUGCCCUUCACUCCCCUGACCCAACACAAAGACAGGAACAUUUUAAGGGUGUUUCUGAGGUGUUGUGUGUUCCCUGUGUUGCGUGGGGUGUUGCCAAGCCUUACCCCAACACAUAACAACACUUUCCCAGGCUCUCCUAACACUGCCCUUCACUCCCCUGACCCAGCACAAAGACAGGAACAUUUUAAGGGUGUUUCUGAGGUGUUGUGUGUUCCCUGUGUUGCGUGGGGUGUUGCCAAGGCUUACCGCAACACAUAACACCUUUGCUAGGCUACCAACACACUGCCAUUCACUCCCAUGACCCAACACAGAGACAGCAACAUUUAGAGGGUGCUUCUGAGGUGUUGUGUGUUCCCUGUGUUGCGUGGGGUGUUGCCAAGGCUUACCGCAACACAUAACACCUUGCUAGGCUACCAACACACUGCCCUUCACUCCCAUGACCCAACACAAAGACAGGAACAUUUAGACAGUCUUGAGGGACCCUUGUUGGGAGUCGUCCUAUGUCCACGGUUGUCCCUGGCUUGUGAAACGACAGGAGGACACUUCAGGAUAGUACCAUUGUUGACGCUCGUGGGAAUGUGUUGAUACUGGCUUGCAAAAUUUGACACCCCUCCUUCUCACACACACACACACACACACACACACACACACACACUCAGGAAUAAUAUAGUAUCUAGUAGUAACAGCAUGUUCAGUAACCCAAGAUAUCUGCAGUUAAUAUAGAAUAAGUUAAGUUCAGGACCCUAUAUUAGUAGUUGUAGUAGUAGUAGUAGUAGUAGUAGUAGUAGUCAAUGCUGGUGAACUCUUGCACUGGAAAUUUGGACAGUAUAGGGAUGAAAGAGUGGAGAUGCUGGUGAACUCUUGCACAAGGGAUUUGGACAGUAUAGGGAUGAAAGAGUGGAGAUGCUGGUGAACUCUUGCACAAGGGAUUUGGACAGUAUAGGGAUGAAAGAGUGAAGAUGCUGGUGAACUUUUGCAUAAGGAAUUUGGACAGUAUAGGGAUGAAAGAGUGGAGAUGCUGAUGAACUCUUGCAUAAGGGAUUUGGACAGUAUAGGGAUGAAAGAGUGGAGAUGCUGGUGAACUCUUGCAUAAGGGAUUUGGACAGUAUAGGGAUGAAAGAGUGAAGAUGCUGGUGAACUCUUGCAUAAGGGGUUUGGACAGUAUAGGGAUGAAAGAGUGAAGAUGCUGGUGAACUCUUGCAUAAGGGGUUUGGACAGUAUAGGGAUGAAAGAGUGAAGAUGCUGGUUAACUCUUGCAUAAGGGGUUUGGACAGUAUAGGGAUGAAAGAGUGGAGAUGCUGGUGAACUCUUGCAUAAGGGAUUUGGACAGUAUAGGGAUGAAAGAGUGGAGAUGCUGGUGAACUCUUGCAUAAGGAAUUUGGACAGUAUAGGGAGGAAAGAGUGAAGAUGCUGGUGAACUCUUGCACAAGGGAUUUGGACAGUAUAGGGAUGAAAGAGUGGAGAUACUGGUGAACUCUUGCAUAAGGGAUUUGGACAGUAUAGGGAUGAAAGAGUGAAGAUGCUGGUGAACUUUUGCAUAAGGGAUUUGGACAGUAUAGGGAUGAAAGAGUGGAGAUACUGGUGAACUCUUGCAUAAGGGAUUUGGACAGUAUAGGGAUGAAAGAGUGAAGAUGCUGGUGAACUUUUGCAUAAGGAAUUUGGACAGUAUAGGGAUGAAAGAGUGGAGAUGCUGGUGAACUCUUGCAUAAGGGAUUUGGACAGUAUAGGGAUGAAAGAGUGGAGAUGCUGGUUAACUCUUGCAUAAGGGAUUUGGACAGUAUAGGGAUGAAAGAGUGGAGAUGCUGGUGAACUCUUGCAUAAGGGAUUUGGACAGUAUAGGGAUGAAAGAGUGGAGAUGCUGGUGAACUCUUGCAUAAGGGAUUUGGACAGUAUAGGGAUGAAAGAGUGGAGAUGCUGGUGAACUCUUGCACUGGGAAUUUGUAGUAGUAGUAGUAGUAGUAGUAAUUAGUAGUCCCAUUCAUUCCCUUCCUCCCAUGCUAUCGAAAACUUAAAACACGUAACCUCAAUGCUCUAUUUCGUGGUCUCUGGAUUUUCGGCAAUACAGCGUUCAUUUGUUUGGGUUUACGAGGUUUUUGGCUUGUCAGCGAAAUUACGGAACGAAUUAAGUCUGUAAACAGAGGUAUGACUGUGAGUGUGUGUGUGUGUGUGUGUGUGUGUGUGUGGCGCAGGGGCCUGUACCCGCCUCCUGCCUUCCGGUGAUACUGUACAUAGUGGUUCCGCCUUCAUCAGUGCUGCGACCUCUUCCGUCAAGCACUGCUCUUGCUUAGUACAACAUUCAGGGUGUGUGUCUGUGCCAAGCUGGGCCCAGGCAGUGCUCAGGAUGAAAGAGUGGAGAUGCUGGUGAACUCUUGCACAAGGGAUUUGGACAGUAUAGGGAUGAAAGAGUGGAUAUGCUGGUGAACUCUUGCAUAAGGAAUUUGGACAGUAUAGGGAUGAAAGAGUGGAGAUGCUGGUAAACUCUUGCAUAAGGGAUUUGGACAGUAUAGGGAUGAAAGAGUGGAGAUUCUGGUAAACUCUUGCAUAAGGGAUUUGGACAGUAUAGGGAUGAAAGAGUGGAGAGGCUGGUAAACUCUUGCACUGGGAAUUUGGACAGUAUAGGGAUGAAAGAGUGGAGAUGCUGGUGAACUCUUGCACAAGGGAUUUGGACAGUAUAGGGAUGAAAGAGUGAUGCUGGUGAACUCUUGCAUAAGGGAUUUGGACAGUAUAGGGAUGAAAGAGUGGAGAUGCUGGUAAACUCUUGCAUAAGGGAUUUGGACAGUAUAGGGAUGAAAGAGUGAAGAUGCUGGUAAACUCUUGCAUAAGGAAUUUGGACAGUAUAGGGAUGAAAGAGUGAAGAUGCUGGUGAACUCUUGCAUAAGGAAUUUGGACAGUAUAGGGAUGAAAGAGUGAAGAUGCUGGUAAACUCUUGCAUGAGGAAUUUGGACAGUAUAGGGAUGAAAGAGUGAUGCUGGACAAUAUAGGGAUGAAAGAGUGGAGAUGCUGGUAAACUCUUGCAUAAGGGAUUUGGACAGUAUAGGGAUGAAAGAGUGGAGAUGCUGGUUAACUCUUGCACUGGGAAUUUGGACAGUAUAGGGAUGAAAGAGUGGAGAUGCUGGUGAACUCUUGCACAAGGGAUUUGGACAAUAUAGGGAUGAAAGAGUGGAGAUGCUGGUGAACUCUUGCAAAAGGAAUUUGGACAGUAUAGGGAUGAAAGAGUGAAGAUGCUGGUGAACUCUUGCAUAAGGAAUUUGGACAGUAUAGGGAUGAAAGAGUGGAGAUGCUGGUGAACUCUUGCAUAAGGAAUUUGGACAGUAUAGGGAUGAAAGAGUGGAGAUGCUGGUGAACUCUUGCAUAAGGAAUUUGGACAGUAUAG